ACAAUUCAGGCCACUACGUGUUGGCUAACCCACCGCUAGUUUCGGACGCUCCUUUCCCCAAUCAUUCACUUGUACACUCUUUACCGCAGAGUCUCCUCGAAGUCGAUACCACUCUCAUUGGACAAGCUCUGACUUCAACGUAAGUUACGAGAUGCAGUCCUACGGUGCCGCCGAAAACGAUGAAGGCGGAUAUGAAAGACCGGAUGAGAGAGAGAGCGAGUCUGCUGCGCUUCUUGGGGUGGAUAGAGAUACUACGGUCAAACAAAAUCAGAACUUGGAUGGGCAUGCAAGUGUUAUCAGUUCCGUGAGCAACCUGACCAAUACUAUCAUAGGCAGUGGGAUGCUCACAUUCCCUCUUGCCAUGGCCUCUGCAGGCAUCAUCCCAGGAAUUAUCACCUGUAUAUUUUCAGGGUCUGUAGCCGCUUUUGGACUCCAUUUGCUCGCAAUCUGCGCAACCAAGACUACUCAUAGGCGGUCGUCCUUCUUCGCAGUAGCGCAGCUCACCUUUCCAAAAGCUGCGGUUUUCUUUGAUGCGGCAAUUGCGAUCAAGUGUUUUGGAGUUUCUGUAAGCUAUCUGAUCAUUAUAAAGGGUCUUAUGCCCAAUGUAGUCGCAUCAUUAUACCACGACUUGACUCCUUCGACAACUGAGCCCCCUGAAUGGUCGCUUUCUGGGAGAAUUUGGAUCAGCCUCUUUAUGGCGAUUCUCUUGCCUUUGGCUUUCCUUCGCCGUUUGGACAGCCUCCGGCAUACUAGUUAUGUUGCACUGUUUUCUGUGGCUUACCUUGUGGUCAUUGUCGUGCGGUGCUACUUUUGGCCGUUGAAGAAUAUGCCAAAGCGUGGCGAUGUGCACUUGAUCAAACUUACCCCACGGUUUAUAUCGACUUUCCCUGUCCAAGUAUUUGCUUUCACUUGUGCGCAGAACCUGUUCCCUAUCUAUAACGAGGUCAUAGGCAAUACACCACAAAGGUUGAAUAUGGUGAUUGGAACUUCCAUAGGGUCCGCCGUCGUCACGUACGAGAUAAUAGCAGUCCUGGGGUACCUGACAUUUGGCUCAAAUGUUGGCGCAAAUAUCAUAGCCAUGUACCCGUCCACCUCCCUCUUCAUUGCUGUUGGACAAUUGGCUAUCGUGAUCCUCGUAUUGUUCUCGUAUCCUUUGCAAGUACAUCCCUGCAGGAAUUGCUUAGACAAAGUCUUCCAUGCCGGAGACGUGGCACAAGUUCAGGAAGAUGUAGACGACUUUGACCAUGCUAGCCAUGGCAUCUCUCCUCUCAAGCACACGUUAAUCACACUAGCGAUUGUAGCGAGUGGUUUCACCAUUGCGUAUUUCGUAGAUGACCUGCAAAUGGUUCUGUCAUUCGUGGGAUCCACCGGUUCAACAACGAUCUCGUUCAUCCUCCCAGGACUGUUCUAUUGGAAGCUGUUCCGCGGUGAUCCCAGCGCCAAAAUGAAGACGUGUGGUGCUAUCGCCCUCACGUUCUACGGUGCUUGUAUAUUCGUCUUUUGCUUGGGAUUCAACAUCUAUCAAACUACUCGCUCCCUGCCAGCAUCCGGUCAUUAACUCCCCCAUACCUCUCUCUGUACAAUAGGGACAUAUUCUUAUUUUAGAGAGCGCUAUCUACAUGUCAGAUUGGUAAUUUACAAUGCAGCUGAGUACAAUGCAAAGGC